UAAUGAGAACUUAACAAGUAGCCCUACUUUUAUCUAAAAUUUUAAGUGUUAACUUAUCUAAUCUUUAAAAUUAUCUGCAGCUCAUUACAUUCGCUCUUAGACAUUAGUAUUAUUAUGAUAAAUGUUGUCGUGAUGGAUUUGAUAUAUAAUCUUGGAUAUUACUUAGCGUUGUUUGUAAUACCCUUCGUACUCUAUUUCUUGCUUUUUAAGAAAAAUAAUGGACGUAGCGUUUACACUAGUAGAGACUGGUUUUAUUUAGUCAAGCUGCACUUUGCCAAGAAUGCCGUUCGUAGGUACCAAGAGAAAUACCGUUCGCAAACUGCUCCCUUUAAGGAAAUCUUCAGAAUUCCAACGGAUGAGCACUCCAAGUCUCAACAGUUUUAUGGGGUCGACCAAAAGGGCAACAGCUUGUCUUUAAAGUUUACGGUGAGGUAUGACAAAGUCGCCAAAGUGUUUUUGUACCUUCGUCUGUCAGAUGGAAACGAAUAUGUUUUACCAGAGGAAAAUAGUCUGCGACUAACAAAAAUACCCUACAACGAAUGGAAAAUCAACGGGUUGAGUAUUGAAAUAUUGGAACCCCUCAUCAGAUCAAGAAUAAUUUUUAAUGGACUGCUGCGUAAUGUUUCUGUUAAAAACUGCGAAAAAGUGGAAUAUGUACAUUUCAGUUUCAUUUUCAAUUCUAGUGGUUCCCCAACUUAUAUCCCUCAAGACAUGGACUCGAACCUACUUGCCGAUGCGUUGACUAGGGAUGUUUGGAGAGACGGAUCAUGGAUAGACUAUUUGGUUGAUCAAAGUGGUUACGAACAGUUUGGAGCCUUACAAGGAUAUUUAAAAAGUGAUACUUACCCAGACGAUCUAGUUUUAAAUCUGCCCGCGUGCUGUACACAACACACUGGAAUCGACGAUAGAUUUUUAUUGCAAAGAGCGUUGAGAAUCUUUUUAGCGGACACCUACGGAAAUUUGAUAAAUAUAGUUAUAAAAUCUUUUAGAAAUGGAUGCUCACAGAUGAACUACGGGUCUGCGAUUUUGAGCGACAACAGGAUUUUACCGAUAAACGGGGUAGAUAUUUCACUAAAUAAUAUAAGCCAUCAUAAAAUUUUACCUGAAAUGAUAACAACUGAAAUAAGCGUUGGGAAGGAACGUUUUAAAUGUGUCAUUCAUCUAAAUAGAACGAAAUCUCUGGUGACGGUUGACGAGGACGAAUAUGGAUUUGAAUGUUACAAUGUACCAGCGGAAUGUGAUGUCAACACCAAUCAGGCUAAAGCUGUUGUUGAGUUUUGGUACAAUAAAAAUGGAAUUAACAAAUUUAAAUCAAAUGUUUUAUUAAGACCAAAAGUGAUCGACACUUUACCUGAAGGUUUGGUCACAAAUAUUAAUAGCGAAGAAGCAAAAAUCUUGGCUCUUACUGGUGGGAAAGGAAAUUCGUUGGCUUUACUAUCGUCGCUGAAUUCUCCAGACUUUACAAUACCUGACGGCUUCAUCAUAACUGUGAACGCCUUCAGACUUCAGUUGCAAUCGAAUCCAGUGCUGGCAAAGACCAUACUGCAUUUAGACGACAUUUGCCAUGGGCUAAAGGAUGGAAAACUUGAAACAACUUGCAAUGAUGUGAUCAGUUGUAUCAAGAAGGAGAAAAUAUUAACGGUAAUCGAAGACGCCAUUAAAGAAGAAUUAAAAAUUAUUGGAAACAAAGCUUCCCUCGGCUGGGCCGUUAGGUCCUCGGCAAUCGGAGAAGAUUCCGAAGAAUUGUCCGCUGCUGGGCAAAACGACACGUUCCUAGGUUGUCUGACAGAAGAACAAGUACUGAAAUCCGUAUCAGCGUGCUGGGCUUCGCUAUUCAGUUAUCAAAGCGUUCAGUACAGAUGGCAGCACGGUAUACCCGUCUUAUCCGAAAUGGCAGUAGUGGUACAAAAAAUGGUCCCUGCAGAUUCUGCGGGUGUUCUAUUCACUUGUCAUCCUUUUUCUCUCAACCCUUCACAGAUGGUUAUAACGUCAAAUUAUGGAUUGGGAGAGACUGUUGUUUCCGGAAAAAGCGAUCCAGAUACUUUUGUCCUCAACAGAACCUGGGAUGACAAGGUGUGUCUGUUGAACCGAAACAUUGGCCGUAAAAACAAAAUCUUGAAAAUGUCAGACACUGGCCUCGAAGAGGUCGAUAAAGAGGGAGAAUUUGAAUUUAUAGAAAAUCCAGAUUGGAGCAUAUCGGAAGCACAAGCAUUGCAGUUAGGGAAACUUGGUGUGUUGUUGGAAAAGGCUUUUGGGGGUCCGAGAGACAUAGAAUGGGCUUUUUAUAAGGAUAAUCUGUACUUACUUCAGUCCCGGCCCAUCACAACUCUAAAUUCUUGGUCUGAUUUCGAUUUGACUCACGAAUUAGACUACCCUGUUCGUUCUGACUACACGGUGCUAACAAUAGCUAAUAUAGGUGAAGUUAUUCCAAAUGCCAUGAGUGUUUUAACGCAAACAACCAGUGUUUUGUCCAUUUCGCGAGCGAUGGAAUUGCGGUUGACAAAUCGUUAUGAUCCGUGUGGCAUGCAGUGUAUUUUAAGAAGGCAGCACCAAGGUGUUGCAGAUGUCAUAAACUUCCUUCACAAAAACGUCAACAAGGAAGUUAAGAUAAGCUCCACUAUUUUGGACUUGGCAGUUUUUGGGCAUCCCAUUUUGGAUGAAAAAAUCAACAUUAUAUGUAAAAAUAUUAGAGGAAUUACACCGUCGGUAACACUUUUGGCAGAAGUUUUGGAUUUGUUUAGCUUAGCAUUAAAAAAUCGGUCCUCAUAUCAAGAAAUGAAGGAAAAAGUAUCCAAUUUUAAAGCAGACUUAAAAAUUGACGAUUCACUAUUAACGAAUUAUAAAAAAAUUGACAAGUUACUCCACGAACUACCCGACGUUUUGAAACAUCAUACCCAAACGUCAAGCGUUUCAGUUUUUUACCAAGUCUUAGCAAUGAAUAUUCUCCUAGAAGGGAGUCAGGUGUUGACAAAGGACCAUUGUUCAGAUUUUGCGACUAUCCUCUCUUCCGUCAAAGACGUUGUGUCAGCUGAAGUACCGUCUUAUUUGGAAAACAUCGCACGAAUUAUCAGGGAAGAGGGCUACAACGAAGUGUUUUGUGCGAUAAAACCAGAAUUCGGUGUGGCUUGGUUGGAGAAAAAGUGUCCCGAGGCGUUUAAAUUGUUUCAAGAGUUCUUGGAGAAACACGGUCACAGAAGUCAAGGGGAGUUUGAAAUCAUGGAGGAGUCCUGGAGUGAGAAUCCUUCAAAAGUUAUUUCUAUGAUACAAGCAAAUGCCAAGUACGAAGCUAGCUGUACUAAAAGUACAACAUCGUGUCGUGAUAUUACCAAAAGUUUGAUUUCGCCAAAAAGUGCAAUUACUAGGACUAUCAUCAAAUUUAUCAUGGAUAGAAUCCAGUCAUCCGUUUCAUUUCGUGAGUUAACAAAGUACGAACUGGUUAAAGCUCUCGAUAUACUCAAACAAGCAUACAGAGUGCUAUCCAAGCAAAUGGUCGUAAAAGGUCUCUUACCGUCUCCAGAUUUAGUAUACCAUCUCACCCAUUAUGAAAUAGGACAAAUAAUACGGAAUAGAAAUCCCUUACUAAUAACCAAAGCGAUAAAACGACAGAGAUUAUAUCCCAAAUGGAACAAAAUCAGGUUCCCGGAGGUUACAUUUGGUGUGCCACUACCCGAAAGCGAGGCUGACCAACCUGGAGACCUCAUCGAUAAGGUGUGCGUUGGAACGGCAGCUUGCGCCGGUACGGUUAAAGCCAGAGCAUGCGUUAUUCGCAGCAUCAAGGAAAUUGACCAACUCCAAGCAGGUGAUAUAUUGAUAACAGUCAGCACGGAUAUUGGGUGGUCACCUUACUUUCCGAUAUUAUCAGGAAUUGUUACAGAGCUGGGCGGUUUGAUAUCUCAUGGAGCAGUAGUGGCUAGGGAAUAUGGUUUACCCUGUAUAGUAGGUGUUAGAGAAGCAACCAAAGUUUUCAGGACAGGGGACGUUGUUGUUUUGUCUGGUAGCACUGGAAGGAUUGGUAAAGCGUCAAAUUUCUUAGAAGUGUUGUGAAUGUACAAAAAUAUAUCUUAAAAAAUC